GGUGGAAGAUCCCAGCACCAGCACCAUCAGAUCAGCACGGGACAGCAGCAGUGCCUGGGGCUCCAGCAGCAGCGACGCCUCUGGACGCUGCUGCUUUGUUCCAGGGACCCCCACGGAGUCAGCGGCGGAGGAAUGGCUGGAGAUGACCACAGAGGAAGCUGCUCUCAAGGUCAUCGGAGAGCAGCUCCAGGGCAGAGACAAGGAUGAGGGGCAGCAGCUCAGGUUCCUGCGGGCCAUCUACCCCGCGUGUCUUGCUGCACAGGACAGAGGGCAGGACACGCUGGAGCCGCGCUGCUGCAAGGCGGCUGUGGUGGAGAGGAUUGUGGAGCUCAUUGAGGAGCUUCCUAAAGACUCUCCACCCAGCGAGAUCCUCGCCAGCUGCCUGGCUGCUGUGGGCAACCUCAGCACCAUGAAACCAGCCCUUGAGCCUGAGCUAGAGUCCCGCCUCUUGCAAGCUGCCCUUGGCUCGGUCUUCACCCUGGGCACGGAGACGGACGCCACCGACAUCCAGGCUCUACACAAAGUCAUGCCAGAGCUCCUGGAUGCUGUGCUGGGGAACCUGCUGGUCUUUGGAAAAUUCUUCUCUGCGGGGCAGAGGAAAUGCUUCCUCAAGACAGCCGUGCCAGCGAUCUACAACCCCCUGCUGUGCAUUAGCCAGGCUGGGCUUCUCCUCACGUACGCCAUCCUGGGGGAAGCCGAGCAACUGCUGGGGUACACGCUGGAGGACACCACCGCCAAGGUGAUGGGUCAGCUCCGCAGCAUCCGGCAGCUGCACCAGGUGCCUGAGGUGCUGCAAGGGCUGAGCCUCACCUGA